AUGAAUCGCGGCUCCAGAGAGGAACUCCUCGGCAGUUCCACAGAAGCCAUCAGGAACAGUCAGCAUGACUUGAGAAGCAUCGCUGAAAGACCUCUUACGAGAGAAGAAAAAUCUUUUCUAUUGAAUGCCGAUAGAGGAGAUUAUAAUACAGUUAAAAAGUUAAUAGAGGCGUACUCGUCAAAGCCAGACGUCCUCGAUAUAAACUGCGUGGAUCCAUUGAACAGAUCGGCUCUAAUAGCGGCCAUCGAAAAUGAAAAUAUUGAACUCAUCAAACUACUGUUGAAUUCAGGGAUCAAAGUUAAGGAUGCUUUACUUCACGCUAUCAAAGAAGAGUAUGUAGAAGCCGUGGAGUUGCUACUGCAGUGGGAAGAAGACAAUCAUGUCCCCGGCGACCCUUAUAGCUGGGAGUCAGUAGACGCAUCAGCAGCAACCUUCACAUCGGAUAUCACGCCACUGAUCCUCGCCGCUCAUAGGAACCACUACGAAAUACUCAAACUGCUGCUAGAUAGAGGCGCGACGCUGCCGGUACCCCACGACGUCAAGUGCGGUUGUGACGAGUGCGUAAAAUCGUCAUCGGAAGACUCUCUUCGUCACUCACAAGCCCGUAUUAAUGCCUACCGUGCGUUAAGUUCUCCAUCACUCAUUGCACUCUCCUCAGCCGACCCGCUUUUGACUGCCUUUGAACUAUCCUGGGAAUUGGGCAGGUUGAGUCAGAUGGAAACAGAAUUUCGGAUAGAAUAUAAGACCCUACGGUUACAAGUUCAAGAGUUUGCGACCUCGCUCUUGGACCACACGAGAACCUCUCAAGAACUGGAGAUCAUGUUGAACUAUAACCCAUGGGAAUUAGACUGCUGGGAACCAGGCGAGAGACAGACGCUCGGCAGGUUAAAGUUGGCUAUCAAUUAUAAACAGAAAAUGUUCGUUGCACAUCCGAAUGUACAACAAUUACUAGGCACAAUUUGGUACGAAGGUUUGCCUGGCUUCAAAAGAAAAAAUAUGAUCGGACAGUGUGUGCAAGUGGCUAAACUAGGGGUAAUGUUCCCGGUGUACUGUACUCUGUACAUGCUGGCGCCGGACUCUGAAUACGGACAGUUCAUGAAGAAACCUUUCGUCAAAUUCAUCUGCCACAGCUCCUCCUACAUGAUGUUUUUAAUGUUACUCUCACUCGCAUCUCAACGCGCUGAAUACCUGGUAUUGGAAUGGUCUGGAAUAUCCUGGCUGCAAGAACUGGUAGAAUUCUGGAAACAAAGAGAACGAGGAUCUUUACCUGGUCUCAUAGAAUCCACGGUCGUUCUAUUCAUAGCAAGUUUAGUUUGGGGUGAAAUAAGGUCACUAUGGUCAGGCGGUCUAAUGGAAUAUUUAAGUGACUUGUGGAAUAUAGUUGACUUCAUCACGAACGUGUUCUAUAUAUCCUGGAUAAGUUUGCGUUUCACGUCAUGGUACAUUGUGCAGAGGGACUACAACAGUGGCAAGGAUCCAUGGUACCCACGUGAUAAAUGGGAUUCAUUCGAUCCGAUGCUGCUUUCUGAGGGUGCAUUCGCAGCCGGCAUGAUCUUCUCAUUCCUCAAGCUAGUCCACAUCUUCUCCAUCAACCCUUACUUGGGUCCGUUGCAAGUCUCCUUGGGCAGGAUGAUCAUAGACAUCAUCAAAUUCUUCUUCGUCUAUAUGCUCGUGCUUUUUGCCUUCGCUUGCGGACUUAAUCAAUUGAUGUGGUACUAUGCUGAAUUGGAGAAAAACAAGUGCUAUCACCAUCCGUCCGGCGUCGCUGACUUUGACACCCAGGAACGAGCUUGUAGUAUAUGGAGACGAUUUGCUAAUUUAUUCGAAACCUCCCAAUCACUGUUCUGGGCCUCCUUCGGUCUGGUGGACCUUACAACCUUCGAGCUGACCGGCAUCAAGAGCUUCACCAGGUUCUGGGCGCUGUUGACUUUCGGCUCGUACUCCGUGAUCAAUAUCAUCGUACUUCUGAACAUGCUCAUUGCUAUGAUGUCCAACUCUUAUCAAAUCAUUUCUGAAAGAGCAGACGUAGAAUGGAAGUUUGCACGCAGCAACCUCUGGAUGUCUUACUUCGAGGAUGGUGACACAGUCCCACCACCGUUCAAUAUCAUCCCCACACCCAAACAUGUGAACGGAUGGAUCACGAAGAUACUCAGCAAUAAGGAGAGAGGCUCCAUCAUUAAUAAAUCACGCGAGAAAGCGCGACAACAACAUGAAGCAGUCAUGCGCGUUCUGGUACGAAGAUAUGUGACAGCGGAACAAAGAGCCAGAGAUGAGGUUGGUGUCACUGAAGAUGACGUCAUGGAGAUCAGACAGGACAUAUCCACACUACGGUUCGAGCUGAUAGAUAUACUUGCCAAUAAUGGCAUGAAAACUCCAAGGGUUAAUGUACAUGAUACUACAAUAUCAGGCAAAAAAGGCAAAGUUAUGGAGAGAAGAAUCCUCAAGGACUUCCAGAUCGGCAUCGUGGAAGGUAUCAUCAAGGACGUGAUCUCUAAAGAGAGCAAGCCAAAGGAUGUGUUCAGUCAGAUCGCCAAAGCAAUCGUUAGACGUGGAAGUGAAAUGGAAAAGAAACGCGACUGGAAUGCCCAAGUACGUCGAAGCACUAUCCGUCGUGAUCCCAUCGGUAGCACAGCGGAGGCACAGACUAAACGAAGCAGACAAUCACUGAGAGCCCACAUCUUAGAUAAUGUUAGCGCCAGGACUAUAGAUCCGCAGAAGCUGUUGCAAUACAAUCCAAAUCUGUCAACCGUGACGCCAACAACUCGAGUCGCAUACGCGAAGUUCAUGAGGAGCAAAAUAAAGUCAGAUUUCACAGAAACAGACAAUGUGGAAGAACUCAAUGAAGACCAGAUAGCUGCACAGAGCAAUGAUAAAAUUCGUCAAGCAUUCCGUAAAAAGAAACCACCAGUUGACAAGGAAGAUGGCAAUCCUCAAUCCACAGAAAUAAAAGUUGAAGCUGAAAUAGAAAAUAAAGGCGCUGCAAGCGGAUCGGAUGAUGCAAAAUCGCCUCAAAAACCAUCCGGUUCCAAAGCUCCAGAUCCUCCUAAACCUGCUGAACCUGAAAAACCCCCUGAACCAGCCAAACCUGAACCCAAAGAUCACGUGAUCCAGAUAGAAGAACCCGAGUCACCAUCAAAAAGCCUAUACAUAACAAAGGAAGAGGACCAAAAUCUGCAGAAACCAAUUUCACCAACACCCAGCGGACCAUCCGAGCAGAUACUCUCAGCUGCAACCCUUGAAUCCGACCAGCAGAAAGAAGCAAAGCAACCAUCUGUAACCAUAACUGUACCAGAAGAAGAACCAGAACCGAAACCGAAAGAAACCAAACCAAAACCUCCAAAACCGAAAGAAAGUAAACCCGGUCCUUCCACUCUUGCUCCAUCACCAGCACCCAAACCAGCUCUGGUCACUGAUAAAGGAAAGUCAAAAGUAACCGGGAAAAUAGUAUCCGGGUGGCUUUAA